AGUGUCUCACUUUUGUUUAUAUAUAAAAAAUUGGAACAGAGGAAGAGAGACAUAUCCAAAAAAGCUACUGGAUGGAGCAUUCAAGUGAUUUGACUGUUGAAGCUAUGAUGCUUGACUCUAAAGCUUCUGAUCUCGACAAAGAAGAGCGUCCUGAGGAGGUACUCUCUUUAAUCCCACCAUAUGAAGGCAAGUCUGUGCUGGAACUUGGAGCUGGUAUUGGUCGUUUCACUGGUGAAUUGGCUCAGAAGGCUGGUGAAGUUAUAGCCCUUGACUUCAUAGAAAGCGCCAUUCAGAAGAAUGAAAGUGUUAAUGGGCAGUACAAGAACGUCAAGUUUAUAUGUGCUGAUGUAACAUCUCCAGACUUGAAAAUCGCAGAUGGAUCUAUUGACUUGAUUUUCUCAAAUUGGUUGCUCAUGUAUCUCUCUGAUAAAGAGGUGGAGCUAAUGGCAGAGAGAAUGCUUAAAUGGGUAAAGCCAGGGGGAUACAUUUUCUUCAGAGAGUCUUGCUUCCAUCAAUCUAGGUACAGCAAGCGUGAAUCAAACCCCACCCACAACCGUGAACCAAGAUUCUAUAAUAAGGUUUUCAAAGAAUGUCAGACACGUGAUGCUUCUGGAAAAUUAUUUGAGCUCUCUCUGGUUGGCUGCAAAAGCAUUGGGGCUUAUGUGAAGAACAAGAAGAAUCAGAUUUACUGGAUAUGGCAAAAAGUUAGCUUGGAGAAUGACAAGGACGUCCAGCGUUUCUUGGACAAUGUUCAGUACAAGUCUAGUGGGAUCUUGCUCUAUGAGCGUGUCUUUGGGGACGGAUAUAAUAGCACUGGUGGAUUUGAGACAACUAAAGAAUUUGUGGCAAAGAUGGACCUUAAACCUGGACAGAAAGUUCUAGAUGUUGGUUGUGGUAUUGGUGGAGGUGACUUCUACAUGGCUGAGAAUUUUGAUGUUCAUGUUGUUGGAAUCGAUCUAUCGGUCAACAUGAUCUCUUUCGCACUGGAGCGUGCCAUUGGACUCAAAUGCUCAGUCGAGUUCGAUGUCGCGGACUGCACUACAAAAACAUAUCCGGACAAUUCUUUCGAUGUUAUUUACAGCCGUGACACUUUUCUGCACGUCCAUGACAAGCCACCCCUAUUCAGGACAUUCUUCAAGUGGCUUAAACCAGGCGGUAAAAUUCUCAUCACCGACUUUUGCAGAAGUGCUGGAACUCCGUCUCUUGAAGUCGUAGAGUACAUGGAACGAAGACGAUAUGAUCUCCAUGGUGUUCAAGCUUACGGAAACAUGCUGAAAGAAGCAGGCUUUGAGGAUGUGAUUGCUGAAGACCGUACUGAUCAGUUUAUACAAGUCCUUAGCCGUGAAUUAGAAAAAGUGAAGAAAGAAAAGGAAGAAUACAUCAGCGACUUCUCAGAAGGGGAUUACAAUGACAUUGUAAGAGUAUGGACAGCAAAGCUUCGAAAGGCUGCAUCUAAUGAACUAAAAUGGGGAUUAUUCACAGCCAACAAGAAGUAAAAUCCAUGUUUUUACCCCCAAAACUCUAUAUAACCUAUAUCCUCUGAUGAUUUUCUUCCCUUCAAUAAAAAGUUGCUCCUUGGAGGACAAUAUUUGCUUAUUUUGCUAUCCUGGAACUGCAAAUUGAAACAAAAACUCAUGUGUUGUUCGAUUUCUA